AUGGAAGGAAACAUGGAAAAAAAAAGUAGGGGUCGUCAGAGGAUCAAAAUGGCCAAGAUGGAAAAUAAGAGUAACCUUCAAGUUACUUUCUCCAAAAGAAGAUCCGGUCUUUUCAAAAAAGCUAGUGAGCUUAAUACACUUUGUGGUGCAGAUAUUGCCGUUAUUGUGUUCUCACCCGGUGGAAAAGUCUAUUCUUUUGGUCAUCCAAAUGUUGAAAUCAUGGUUAACCGAUUUAAACAUAUUAACCAGCCAUUUCCUAAUCCAACCAACAACAUGCCACUUAGUGAAGUGCAGCCGCAUACUCCCAUUCAACAAAUGAACGACUUUCUUACUCAGGUGAUGGAUGAUUUGGAAACAUCAAAAAAGAAAAAUGAAGAAUCAAAGAAAAAAAGAAAAAAUUCUAAAGGACCUGAGAAUUGGUGGGAAAAUCCCGUUGAAGAAAUUGACUUGGCUCAUGCCCAAGAAUUACUAGUUGGAGUGGAAAACGCGAAAAAAGUUGUUGCAGAUGAGACUUCCAAUUUUUUCCAAGUUUUUCCCCAUCCAAAUUUCUGUGUCGGAAGUUCCAGUGGUGCUUUUUUUAGGGAAUGUGGCUAUAUCAACCCUAAUUUGGACCAGUCUGAACAAAGAAGAAUGUUCAACGUGAAUACAUGCUACAACCAGAACAUGUAUCCUCCCAUUUAUCAGCUACCGUAUGGAAACAAUAGUUAUGCUGGAGGAUAUGUUCCAGAUCAAUACAACUUAAAUUGCAUGCGUGCGAUUAAUCAGUACCAGAACCAGAACCAGAACCAGAACCAGAACCAGAACCAGAAUCUGGGUUUUAGAGAUGAAGGCAUCUCCGAAAAUGAACGUCAUCAAGAUGGCCAUCCUCCUUAUUUCUGA